AUGUCUGACAUCGGCCGCCAGGGACUCGGGGACAAGCUCUCCUCGGCUACGAAGCCCGACUCGCAGAAGUCUAUGCUCGAGCAGGCCGGCGACUUUGUCAAGGGCAAGGCCGACGCUGUUGCCUCGGCCGUCCAGCCCCAGCAGGAGAAGUCGACCACGCAGAAGGUUGGCGAUGCCCUCUCGUCCGACAACACGAACCGCAACGUUGCCUAG